AUGCCUCGCAAUGCCAGCGCAACCCCAUCACUGCGCAAGGGCCCCAACUGGUCCUCCCACCUGCGCCAAUUCAGCCGCAGCAGCCUCGAUCCGCCCUCGGCGACUUCGUCUGUCGACUCGCCCCAGUCUCCCGACACUGUCUCCAGCGCAUCGACCAUCCGCGGCGACAACUCGUCCAGCUCCGUCAAGCAGCGCCGCCUCGAGCGGAGGUGCACUGUCACCGUCAACGAGGGCUACUCGCGCGACGAGGUGCUCCUGAGCCCCGACCUGGUGAAAGGCGACGUGAGGCCGGGCAGUCUGGUGGCCAUCACAGUGCUCAAGACCGAGGGCGAUAAGACUGCGACCAAGGACCAUGCGCCUCGCGGAGGUACCGCUGCCGGAAGCAGCAGCAGCGUCGGCGCCGGAGCAGGGGGGUCAUCGCAAGGGGAUAAUGCCGCUGCCGAGGGCGUCGUCCUGGGCAAGAAAUACUUCUUCGUCGCCAAGGAAAUGUCCAAGGAGCUUAGGGCCCGCUUGCCCAACGUCGACAUCUACGUCGUGAAGCACAUCGCCGACGCCUUUGGAAUGAAGAAAGGCACUCAGGUGCUCCUGACCCCCGUUGACGCAGACAGCCCCGCCACCGCUGCAUCGCAUGUCGAGCUCUCGUUUAAGGACCAGUACCUCUCACGCUCCGACAUGUGGCGCCUUGCCAUCGGCGAGCUGACGGAAAGGACCGUCUACAAAGGCCAGUCGAUAUUGUUCAUGGGCACCAUCAAGGCCCAAGUCACGGCUGUGUAUGUCGAUGGCAGCAAGACGCACUCGGCCUUCUUCACGAGGAACACGAGGCCCAUUUUCCGGAGCGAGUCGGCGCGCUACGUGCUGUUCAUACAAAUGGCCCGCGAGAUGUGGGACUUUGACUCGGAAGGCUCCGGCGAGAUUCUGUUCAACAAAGUCGUCAACGGCUUCUUGCCGGCUCUGUUCAAGAAGUGGGCCAAGCUCAAAGCGAAACACCUUGUCAGCAUCGUGCUAUUUGCGAGAGUCGAGUACGACACGGGCCUGACGACGGAGCUGGCGAGCAGCACCCUCCACGGGGACUACUACACCGGCGUCCAGAUCUCGGGCGAACGCAGGCCCUAUAAGGACUUUUACCGCGUCGUAGUCAGCGAGAUGGCAAGUGGCGAGUGGACGACGAUCCUCUAUCAGCUGAAGCGCGAGUUCAACUUCUUCCGGAGAGACAUCAGCCUUCACCAUCAAAAGGCCGGCAGCGCCUUCGUACCGCUGGCCGAGGAGACGGGCGGCAAGGGUAUCACCUCCAACAGGGUCAAGGCCGAGUCGUCGCUGGCAAUGCAUGGUAACUUUCUGGAGGCCAUCAACCUGGCCUCGUCGCAGUUCGCUCAUGACUACGUCGACCGCGAUCUCAUGCGGACGGGCAUUUCCAUCGCCGUCAUUAGCCCUGGCCCCGGCGUGUUCGAGGUCGAGUACGAAUCUCUGCGAAGAACGACAGAAGCCCUUGUCGGGAACGGCAUCGGCAUCGACCUCAUCUGCGUGCCCAAGAUGCCCCUCCACUCUGUCCCGUUGUUCCGGUACCGCAACCCGCAGACGUCUGAGGGAUCGCAUGGCCUCUCGCGCACGAGGUCCGUACGAAGCCGCGAGAGCACGCCGAAGCAGCAGGCCACCCCCGUCAUCGGAAGUUACCAGUCGUUGUCCGAGUCGCUGUCCCCGACCAAGGGGCUGGAGCUCGCUCACCGCAUCGACACCCUGGCGAACCCGCAAGACGAGUGGUCGUACGCGCUGCCGCAGUGGCUGCAUGUAUCGUACUGGACCGGUACGUCCGAAGAGGCGCUGUCGUAUCAAGGCAUCGCCCUCUCAGUCUCCGAGAACAAGGAGGAGCAGGAGAGCGACGAGUUUGCGAUCCGCGCGCGUAUGUACGACCUGCAAAUGCGAAGCGUCCUCGAGACCAACGAGAUCGAGACGACGCCGCUGCAGGCCGACCCGCUGUUCCCCAUCACCACGGCCGAGUCCAAAAGCUCCUCUCAGCGGUCACGGCUGGGUGGGACGGAUGAGGUCGCCGUGAUCCCGCUUAGGCGCCAUAUGGACACGCUCGUCGACCAUGUCUAUGGGUUCCAGAAGUUCAUGCCCGAUAGGCUCGUCAAGCCGGGCGAAAAGUCUCUCUGGAAGCAGCUGCAGGAGUACGACGAUACGAGGGCGCGGCUGCCCAAGUCGCGACGCCCCGCACAUGCGAGGGCAUCGCGGGACUUGGAGGAGACGACGAGGCGCCAGCUGAUGGAGGACGCUGGGUUAUUUGGCACGUCGCUGCCCGAAAAGAAGAUUGUGCCGAACCAAAGCCUCGCGGCUGUCACCUCGGGGCGAAAGUUGUCGGUGAACAUUGGCGACAGUGAGAAGGCCGACAUCGUCGCCGCCGCACGAAAGGCUACGUAUCAUCACCCCCAGACGACGGCAAACUCCGCAGGAGGCCCGACGCCUUCUUCCGCUUCUUCGUCGACGCCCGAUUCCCGCAGCGUGACGUCCAACAAAGCAUCGUCCGCGAGCUCGCUGGCGAAGCCGCCCAGGUUCAUGCGGCAGAUCAGUCUCGGCUUACGGGGAUUCGGCAUCGCGGCGCCAAAGGUCGUGGCCGCCGAAGCCAGCUUCGAGACGGUCAAGGCGUCAACGGAGCAGAGCGUGCUGAGCCCCACGACGCCGUUGGUCAUGUCAACGUUGCCGCGGCCCUCGUCGCCACAGGUCAUCAAACCGGCGGCGACGGCGUCACCGUCGUCAUUCUCCCCCAAGCUCUUCCGGUCCGACUCGAGGGACACCCUCAAGGACCUGCCCUCCACGCCAAGCAUCCCCAUCAAUAUGAAAUCGUCUCGCCGAGGCGAGAGCUCGGUCGGCCAGCAGCAUCGGUACGGCUCAGUUCUGCCGCCGUCCCUUGCGCGCAAGGACAACUUUCGCGAGGACCCCGACCAGCGGAACUCGCAUGUCUUGCGGGCCGAGGACGACAAUACCAAGAUGUUCAACAGCAAGCUGCGCGCCGGGGUCAUGCCCGAGCUGCCGUCUACACUGUCGCCGACCACGGCGAUCUCGCCGUGGCUCACGGUCCUGAACCCGUCCAACCCGGACCGCAACAAGGUCGACGACACAGUGCUAUACAGCCGUUGGCAGCAUGUGUUUCCGAGAACCUCGGAAAUGAAGGUCAUGAAGUGGAAGGCGCUUUGCUGCCCGGCCGCCGUGCCACUGACGACGGAGUACUUUCCCACGAAAUCACAGUUUGACAUGGAGUAUCAGAGACAACCCUACGUCAUUGCGCAGAACGCUGACGACGAACUUACUGAAGAACCAAAGUCGAGAGAGGAGUUCUUGCGCGAGCUGAUCAGCCUGCGCUUCUCCCAGGGCUUCCAGGUCGUCAUCGGUCCGUCCGUCGCAAAAGCCUUUGGCCAGAGGCUGCUGCGGAUCGCCGACAUCUUUUCACGCGGCCAGGCGAUGGAGGAUGGCACGAGCAUCUUUCUGUCGGUGGGCAAUACGAUACACCAGCUCUCGUGCGUCAACGGCACCGAGGUCGAGGUGAACAUUUACAUACGGAAGCCGGCCGAGUCAACCAUCGGGCACUCCAACUCGGGCCCGUUGUAUCGCCCCGCGAUCCGGACGCUGAUGGAUCGUGGGUACCGGACGCAAGAGGUGGAUAUCUCAACGCCGAGGCCGGAGAGGAACUGGAACUACAUUGACUCGUAUCUAGCGGGGCACCACGACGAGAUGACGGAGAAUCUGCGGUUCUGGCGGGCACGGUUCGUGCUGAUCCCCAUGGUGUCCCGGUCGUCGGCCGUGCCUAGGAAUCAGGCCGGUGACAACGCCGAGGAGGUUCGGCUGGAGGGUAUCAGGCGGCUGUCGCUGUCCUGGCAGAAGUACCGGUACAUCCCGCCGUUCGAGCGUAGGUACCAGACGGCUAAGUCGAAGCGGGACCCCAACCCGUUGGACAUUGUCUACAAGACGGAAGACCCGUCGGUCGUCAUCGCGGCCGAGCUGGAUAACCUGCCGCUGGUGGAGGGCAUGGGAGAGAGCCGCAGGGGCCAGCUCAUCUCGAGCCGGGAACACUUCCGCAAGUCGAACCUGAACCUGGCGGCACUGGCCGAGGCGAUACAGCAGCCCGUCGAAAACGGCGGCGUCAAGCUCCAGAAUCGGAGAUGGCAUCUGCGGCUACACUACAACUGCUUCAUCGGGUCCGACAUGACGACGUGGCUAAUGGACAACUUUGAGGAUCUGGACAGCCGCGAGGAGGCGGAGCAGCUGGGCAACAUGCUCAUGGUCAAGACGUACGACAGGUCGGACGACAGGAAGGACCGCGGUGGGCUAUUUGAGCACGUGGAGAAACGUCACGCAUUCAGGGACGGGCAAUACUUCUACUCUAUCGCAAGCGAGUACGCCAAGCCGCACCCGCCGGGCUGGUUCAAUUCGCGCCGCCGCGAUGUAUCGGUGCCGUCCACGCCCAUGUCGGAGAACCUGCCGCGCGACUCGCCGCGUCCGGGGAUCAUCUCGCGGCCGACGUCUAUCAACGAAGAAAACUCGCCUAUCUCGGGGUCGACGACGCCGACGGCGUACUCGGUCAUGCUCAACAACAAAAAGAUGCCCAAGGUGGUGCUCAGCAAGGUGAUCAAGUACGACGUGGACCACCGCAAGCGGUCGUACCGGCCCGAGCGGGUGGACCUGCAUUACGACCGGCUGCACAACCCGGACAACUGCUAUCACAUCCGGAUCGACUGGAUGAACGUGACGGCGAAGCUCAUUGAGGACGUCGUCGAGGGCUGGGCUCGGGAGGCAGCGACGUACGGGCUUAGACUCGUCGAGGUGCCGAUCAAAGAGGCCUGCGCCAUCACCGAUGUGAACCCGUUCCGACGGCCGUACAUCAUCAAGCUAUCGGUGCCGCCGCCAAGCCAGCAGCCGGUGACGUACUACGAGCCCAACUCGUUCACGCCGCAGACGGCGCCGGGCAAGCACUUUUACCAAAAGGCCAUUAUGCGGAGACUAGACUUCGUGCUCGACAUGGAAGCGGCGUCCAAUUAUCCGCGCGACGUGGAGGUCAGCUACUCCUGGGGCCGCCCGGACUUCAAGUACUCGCAGUACAUCCACCGGUCAGGCGUGCUGCUCGCCGAGAUCACGGACGACGGGGACUUUCUGGUUCUUGCCAACAGGCUGUUUAGUAACCGCGCCUCGGCGGCGCGGGACAAGGAGCUCAAGGACAUGCGGGAGGCGAACGGCGGCGGCGGCGGCGGCGGCGGACGCAUCAUCCCCGUCGGGUCUUAUACGCCGUUCGGCAUCCCUGAGCCGACGCCAAUGAACAGCCCGAUGGUGAAGCCCCUGUUUUAUGCGGGCGGAAGCCCCGCUGUUCGGGCUUCAGAUAUGAAGUCUGGCGCCAACAGCUCGACCGGCACGAUAGGCGGCGGUGGUGGUGGUGCGUCUGGAUUAGGUGCGGGGGCAGCGGACCCAAUAUCAUUAUUGGAGCACCUGGAGGCGUUCUGCAGCGACGGGGCCGGGCUGGAGGCGUUCUACAAGGAGACGCUGGAAAGGGGUCCGCCGCAGGCCAUGACGACGCCGGGAGCGAUGCGGCCGACGACAAUGGGGCUGGAGGCUGUACCGGAGGCAAGCAUCCCGAUGCUGGGCCUGCCUGCAGGGGUGUUGGGGGAUGUGCAUUCUUCGGGGCCGGGAGGGGGAUUGGAGGGGAUGAGAGGCGUCGUGGGCGGGGGAGGACCGGAAGGGUUGAGGGGGCUGGGGGGCAGCCCGAGCCCCGGGCCGAGGAGCCUCAUGAGCAGUCCUGCGGCGGGGAUGCAGUUUCUGAGGAGGGCGAGUGUGCAAGACGGACUCGGGCUGGGCGGCGGGGGCCCGAGGAGGGAGGCUCGUGAGAGGGAGCGAGAUUAA